GGAGCGUGGAAGUGAAUCCCGGGGCAGGUGAUGGGGCAGGUGGGGCUCCCCGGUGGCCUGAGCCCCGCCAGGGACCCGGCCGAGCUUUACUGCGGCAUAAAAGAGCUCCCUUAGGAAUCGGUGGCAGUCCAGUGGUAGUCGCUCUUCCAAAACCUUCAAACCAAAGAAGAAUAUUCCAGAGGGGUCUCACCAGUACGAACUGCUAAAACAUGCCGAGGCCACGCUGGGAAGCGGCAAUCUCCGGAUGGCUGUGAUGCUUCCAGAGGGGGAAGACUUAAAUGAAUGGGUUGCAGUUAACACUGUCGACUUCUUCAACCAGAUCAAUAUGCUUUAUGGGACCAUCACGGACUUCUGCACGGAGGAGAGCUGCCCUGUGAUGUCUGCUGGCCCAAAGUACGAGUACCACUGGGCAGAUGGGACCAACAUCAAGAAACCCAUCAAGUGCUCUGCGCCAAAGUACAUCGAUUACCUGAUGACCUGGGUCCAGGAUCAGCUGGAUGACGAAACGCUAUUUCCUUCCAAAAUAGGCGUCCCGUUCCCAAAGAACUUCAUGUCAGUGGCCAAGACAAUUCUAAAGCGUCUCUUCAGAGUCUACGCUCACAUCUAUCACCAGCACUUUGAUCCCGUGAUCCAGCUGCAGGAGGAGGCACACCUUAACACUUCUUUCAAGCACUUUAUAUUUUUUGUUCAGGAAUUCAACCUUAUUGAUAGAAGAGAACUUGCACCACUUCAAGAACUGAUUGAAAAACUCACCUCGAAGGACAGAUAAAAGGAAGAGGACUUCUUGAAGUCACUUGUUUCUUUAAGCAAGCGUGUGGUAUUUGUUUUUUUGUUCAUUUGGUUUUUUUUUAAAAAAAGAAAACAAAAACAAGCCCCUGUGCUGUCACCAGUGACAGCCGAGAUCUACUUUCUGUGCUUUUACUAGGGGAAAUCUUUUCUCUGUUAGUGACACGUGGUAAAUAGCUUUUUUUUUUAUUUUUAUUUUAUUGUUACUCAUUGUGGAAUUUCUAGCAGGUGCUGAGUGUUUAUAAAGGAAAUGUGCUUGGUUGGGGGAUUGACUCUGCUGGUGGAUGGGUUCUUGUGUUGUGUCAGUGGUAGCCCAUUCUCAUGAAGUCCCUAAAAGACUUGCUUACAUUCUCUAAGUGCCUUGGCAGACUCACUUCUGAGGUGCAAAGCACAUACAAUACUGAACAUUGCUGGAAACAGAAGAUAUGUACUAACACCCAGACACUUACUGAUACUUGUUCUAGAAAAAUAUAUGUAUGCUUACACUAAAAAAAAAAAAAAAAAGCCAUAACUUGCUGAAAUCAAUGAUCUCCAGCUUUUAAUACAAAUACUUGUCUUAUUUUUUUAGAGAUGAAUAUGGAAUUUUUCAAAACUAGAUAAUUUCUUACAAAGAAAAGUGAAGUUCUAGUCGCUGCAGCGAAACGGCCAAGGAGGUGUCAAAAUCACACACAGACCUUGUACUGAGCAAGUACCUCCACAUCUGUUGCCAUGGAACUUUUCCUGGUUGCUUUUGCUUUUUUAACAGGGAAGCACCAGUUGGGUCACUCAGCUUUUGUUAAGCUCCCGAGCAGUUGCCAAACGAACGUUUAGUUUGCACGAAUGCAGUUAGGGGAAAAAACAUCCGUUGUCAAAAAUUGCACUGGGGUAAUACUGAGGAAAACCUGGAUGGAAAAAUGGCUAGUGGAAAGGUCUUUUUAAGUUAGGAGUACAAAGCUCUGUGGCCUGUGUUUGUUGUGGUGGGAAAUCUAUCUCCGAGGGAAGCAAAGUUCAUGGACCACUUUGGAGUUAGGUUAGCAUAGAAUCCCUACUGCUGAGCACAGAUGAGGUAUUUCAGAAGAAAAACGUGUAAAAGCGAGGCUUUGCUUGGAGAUACCAGUGCAGUAAUUCACAUUUUUGGCAUACUCCUGCCCUGGGAGGGUUUUAUUCUUCUUGUUGUUGCAGUUUUUUUGCUUUUUACUAGCCAGUUUUUUAGAAAUCCAGAGGCAUCUGCUGCAGUUCAGCCAAUCAGAAUUGGAAUGUACUAAGGAAAAAAAAAAAAGAGUCUUUGGUGGAUAGUGUAUUUUUUGUAUUUAAUAUCUGGCAGUAGAGAGACUUUGAGUAGUUUCUAGGCACGUAAUAAAAGCUUGGAGAUCAUGAUUUGCCCGACAGCUGUAUGAACACAUUGUUUAAUUACACAACACUUGAAAAUAACACCAUUGAAGGUAUGUUUGCAGUGGUGGGGAUUUAGUAUCCCCGUGCUGUUUCUAUUUGCAGCUUUUCAUUGGUUUUAUUUUUUUUUUUUUGUUCACUUGUAAAAGCUGUGGGACCAGAAGUUGAGGUGUGUUUACGCUCUCGAAGUCAGGGCACAUGGAAAUGCCACACAAAAUGGAAUCUGGAUCAGGUGAAUGUGUUUAUAAAAUAGUGCAUUUAUGGAGGGAGAGGGGGGGACACCCCCUCGCCUCCCAAACAAACCCCAGAGAAACAAACCCCGACGGACUCUGAGGGACCCCGAGCCCCUGGAGACGGAAACUUCCAGCUUUGUGGUCAUUGGGAGCGGGAAGUGCCGGUGGGGUUAAACCAGGCUGUGCUGCCAGCGCUGCCUGAGGCCUUCCAGUCUGACAGGGUCAGAAAUCCCAUGGUUUGGGGUGGUUUGCAGCUCUGUUGGACCUCAUGAGGGAUUCGGGUGGUGCCUUGAGGAGGGGGCACCUGCUUGGAGCUGGGAAGGGGCGGAUGGCCGAAUCCUUGGAGCUUAGCCACCCCGGCAGUGCUGACAGUGCUCAGGUGAUGGAUCCGGGAUGUCUUGUCCAAGUCUUUCAAGUCAGGGAUACAAGGUAACCGUGCAAAGAAGAAACAAACCCAUUGUGUUGUGCUGGUGCUGGGAGCUGAGGGCAGAGAACGGGUUCCAAGGCCUGUCUGCAAGUAUCCAGUUUCUUUUCCUGCUUACUAUGCAAUGUAGAGCUUUGAACUUCUGCUUUUCCUUGGAGAUACUGAGGAGCACUGUCCUUACUCAGUCCUUAGGACCUGAACCCUGUCCCCGUGUCCCUGGCCCUCAGUUAACAGGUAAGGACACCUAUUUGCUGCUAUGGACUCGACUCACCUUUCAGAUUGUUCCUUUCUGUUUCCUGCCCCUGCCCCCUUUCUCCCGGAUCACCAGACACAGUUUUACUAUCAACACCUCCUUUUGGGAUAGUUGUUUUUUCCUUGCUCCCCCCUGCCUACCUGCCACAGUGCAGUUACUGUACAUAACCCCCCUUUUAGUUGGAUUAUUUAAGAAGCUGCAGCACAAACACAGAUUCCUUGCUUUUUUUUCCCCACUAAAAUAUUCCCUUUUAUGCCGAAUCUCGUUUCCCUCACUGCUGAUGGCAGUUGUCUCUUUUCCAACCUGCACUCCUAAAACCACUGGCAGUUUCAUGGGAUGCCUGUUAUCUUUCCCUGGAUAUCGUUUCUUUUAACAUGAGACUAACAUUGGUGAUUUUCAGUGUUAAACCUUCUUAUUUUCCUGCUUUUCUUACCGUUUCCCCUUACCAGGUUCAGUUUGCAGCCUAUAGGAAAAUAACCAAUUAAGUUGGGUUUUUUUGUUGUUGUUGUUGGAAGAACCAAUUCCCUAAAUUGUUCAUAGAGUAAUGUAUUUUUAGGGGAGAUUAAUUUUUUAUAGCCACUAAACUAUACUCAUUAUUUUUGUACGUUUGCAACUUGGGACAUUUUUCCGAGCCGUGUCGUGGAGGGAACACUUAUUUUCAUGGCUAUUUGACUGCUUGGGAAUGCUGUGGUUGUGUUGUGUAGAGGCACAUCACCUCAAUGUGCAGUGGAAGAGAGAGAAGGAUGCAAUAAAGAUGAAUGAGGUUUCAAUAAAAGGCCAUUUCUGAAGGCAAAGAAAAAAAAUAGUAUAUUCCAAAAGCGACACUAACCUUUCCUCCUUUAGAAUCCUAAAAUAUAUGGGAGAAAAUACAGUGUAAAGUAAAAAAAAAAAAUGCAAGGAGAGAACCCUUACUGUGAGCUAACUGUGCCAAUACCGCUUCAGUUUGUAGUCACUGAUGGAGACUUUAGUUUUAAAGGAAAACAGCUUUUGAUU